CAUCCUCCGCCCACUGCAUAGUAAAUACAGCAUAAAGUGUCAGCUUUAGUUAAUUGGGGUACAGUAUACCACGUAGCAGGACGUACUUGGCUGGUUGAUGGUGCCGCGAUGGUUAAUUCCUCCCAUUCGACGCGGCCCUCCGCGUCCAUUGCCGCCUAUGCCGCGGUUUGAAGUCGAUCCUUGGCUGAUGUUGCUGUUAGGACGUGUAGCAGUCGAUGGAUCCUAUUAAUGGCAAAGAAUAGAGACAACCAGAGUCAAAUCUACAGCAGCAAUACACCACGGAAAGCACAAAACCUACCGAGAAGAUCGAUGUCACGCUGUUCAUCAUGCAACACACACCGCAAGACGUCAAUUCAGCUCACUGUCCGGUGUAAUAAGCGCAUUCCGCCACGUACAAGAGUCCUACGAAGUUAACGACGCCCCAGAACAUGUCGGUCACGAUGGACAGACGCCACGGCGAGCGCUUGGCCACUACGUCGCCCCCGCUCACGUACGUCAUGGCAAUCGCUUCUCACUGUGGCAAAUUAUCCGACGCUUCGCGACAUAGAACACUUUCUGUCCCUUAUUAUGUAAAGUUUAAUCCAAUCCGGGACCUCUAGUCAAAAGACCAUCACUCCUGAUUAUCCUGACCUUUGUGUGGUCAAAACGCAAGGACCACAGCGGCAAAAAUGUCGAUGGCAAUGGCUAUGGCGCGCGUCUUCGGAUGCAGCGCUUCGACGACUGCGCGCGUGGGGGCCACGACAGAGGGAGUAUACACGCUGUCGCGCCGCUGGGCCACCAAGAAGGCUGGUGGUUCCACCAAGAACGGCCGCGACUCGGAGUCCAAGCGUCUGGGCGUCAAGAAGUUCGGCGGUCAGAGUGUCUUGGCCGGGAACAUCAUCAUCCGCCAACGCGGCACCAAGUACCACCCAGGAACGGGCGUUGGGCUCGGCAAGGACCACACUAUCUUCGCCACACGCGAUGGCUUCGUGCGCUUCUGGUACAAUGUGCCUAAGAAACGCCAGGAGGUGUCGGUCAAGGCCACGCGCGAGGUGCAGCGCGCAGUGGCGAAGAGCAGCGCGUAGAAGACAAAGAUAUAGGCAGACGAAAGGGUUUAAACAGUGCUGAAAGAUUCUUCGACUGUAUACACAGCAGAAUUUUUUGUAUUCGGGUGAUACAGAUUUAUUGCUGAUGGCGUGGCCAGAGUUCCUGUAACUCGACUGCGUGCUCGAUGAUGACAGGUCGCUCUUGGUCACUGGUGGACGGCGCUGGUACUGGGGCGUACUGAAUGUCAUGAGGAUGGCGAGGGUCGUUGUCGUAGUUUUGCGUGCUUGAGACCAGACGAGCUGAGAG